GAAAUAACUUUCUGAAAUCUCCGAUAGCCAGCAAACAAAGCAGGGCGGGAAGCAGGAGGAGAGGGAGAGAGGAAGCGGCGGCCAUGGAGGGCGGGAGAAGCUGGAGCAUCGAGAGCUACCUCAACGAGUACUUCGACAUCCCCGCCAAGAACCCUCCCGGCGAGGCGCGCCGCCGAUGGCGCCGCGCCGUCGGCCUCAUCGUCCGCAACCGCCGCCGCCGCUUCGGCAGGUUCUCCGACGUCGACGCCAUCGACGAAGCCCAGCGCCGCAAGAUCCUGGGAAAAGUUCAGGUUGUAAUUAACGUGCACAAGGCAGCGCUGCAAUUUAUUGAUGGUGUAAAACAAUAUCAUCUACCUCCUGAACUUAUUGAAGAAGGAUUCUGUAUCAGCCCAGAUGAACUAGCAGCAAUUGCUAACAUGCGUGAAGAUUAUACAAUGCUCAGGAUGCAUGGUGGAAUCAAUGGAAUAUCUAGAAAAAUCAAAGCAUCAUUGGAAGAUGGUGCCAAGGAAACAGAUAUAGCAACCAGACAGAUGCUGUAUGGAGCUAACAGGCACGCUGAGAAGCCCCCUAGAAGCUUCUGGAUGUUUGUGUGGGAUGCAUUGCAUGACUUGACACUGAUUAUUCUAGUGGUAUGUGCUCUGGUUUCUAUAGUGGUCGGCCUUGCCACCAAGGGAUGGCCGAUGGGUAUUUAUGAUGGUUUUGGCAUAAUACUCAGCAUUUUGUUGGUGGUACUAGUUACUGCAACCAGUGAUUACCAACAAGCUCGGAAGUUUAUGGAACUGGACCGUGAGAAGCAAAAAAUAUAUAUCCGUGUAACUAGAGAUAAGAAAACAAAGGAGGUUUUAGUUCAUGACUUGGUUGUCGGAGACAUCUUGCAUCUUUCUAUAGGCGAUGUGGUUCCUGCAGAUGGUCUGUUUAUAUCUGGUGACUGCCUAAUGAUAGAUGAAUCAAGUUUGUCUGGUGAGAGUGAGCCAGUUAAUAUUUCUGAAGAGAGGCCUUUUCUUCAUGCUGGGAAUAAAGUAGUAGAUGGGGCAGCUAAGAUGCUUGUUACUGCCGUUGGUACGCGUACUGAGUGGGGCAAAAUCAUGGGUACUCUGAAUGGAGAUGGUGUGGAUGAAACUCCUUUGCAAGUUAAGCUUAAUGGUGUGGCUACAAUAAUUGGCCAGAUUGGAUUGGUGUUUGCUGUGCUAACAUUUUUGGUACUUCUAGCGAGGUUCUUGGCUGACAAGGGAAUGCAUGUUGGUUUGUUAAAUUGGUCUGCAAAUGAUGCAUUGACAAUAGUCAACUACUUCGCUAUUGCAGUCACAAUCAUUGUUGUCGCAGUCCCUGAGGGUCUACCAUUGGCUGUGACUCUUAGUCUGGCAUUUGCUAUGAAGAAGUUGAUGCAUGACAAAGCACUAGUUAGGCAUCUCGCCGCAUGUGAAACCAUGGGUUCAGCAAGUUGCAUUUGCACUGAUAAGACAGGGACUUUGACCACGAACCACAUGAUUGUUGAUAAGGUUUGGAUUGGUGAUGUCAAGUUUGUUGGGGACAAAAAAAAUUCUGAGCUAAAAAGCACGAUUUCAGAAAGAGUUAUGGCGAUCCUUAUACAAGGCAUAUUUGUGAAUACUGCGUCUGAAGUGGUGAAGGGAGACGAUGGAAAAAAUACCAUCUUAGGCUUGGCUACUGAAACGGCAUUAUUGGAGUUUGGCUUGAGCUUGGAAGAACAUUUAUAUGAUGACUACAAUAAGUUGACUAGAAUAAAAGUAGAUCCUUUUAAUUCAGUUAAGAAAAAGAUGUCUGUGACAAUACAAUUACCUAAUGGAGGCAUCAGGACCUUCUGCAAAGGUGCGUCAGAAAUUAUUCUGGAACAGUGCAAUACCAUCCACAAUACUGAUGGAAAUAUAGUACCGCUGUCAGAAAUGCAGAAGCAUAAUGUAUUAAAUAUAAUCAAUUCGUUUGCUUCUGAGGCAUUGAGAACACUUUGCAUCGCAUUUAAGGAUAUGGAUGAAUUUCCCAAUGAUCAACCUAUAUCAGAUGAUGGUUACACACUAAUAGCAGUUUUUGGUAUAAAGGAUCCAGUCCGUCCUGGUGUCAAGGAUGCAGUAAGGACCUGCAUGGCUGCUGGUAUUAGAGUAAGAAUGGUGACGGGAGACAACAUCAACACUGCUAAAGCUAUUGCCAAGGAAUGUGGAAUAUUAACGGAGGAUGGAAUAGCAAUAGAAGGACAACAGCUUAACAAUAAGAGCUCAGAUGAACUGAAGGAACUCCUACCAAAAAUUCAGGUAAUAGCUCGCUCCUUGCCUAUGGACAAAUACAAAUUGGUGACAAGCCUGAAAAGUAUGUAUCAAGAGGUUGUUGCGGUGACUGGUGAUGGAACCAAUGAUGCCCCAGCACUGCACGAGUCAGAUAUUGGACUAGCAAUGGGUAUCACUGGAACUGAGGUUGCAAAAGAGAGCGCUGAUGUUAUAAUAAUGGAUGACAAUUUCGAAACCAUUGUAAAUGUUGCUAGAUGGGGCCGUGCAGUUUACUUAAACAUCCAGAAGUUUGUGCAGUUCCAGCUUACAGUUAAUAUUGUGGCUCUGAUUGUGAAUUUUGUCUCAGCGUGCAUCAUAGGGAGUGCACCACUUACUGCUGUUCAGUUGCUAUGGGUGAACAUGAUUAUGGAUACGUUGGGAGCCUUGGCCUUAGCCACAGAACCACCAAAUGACGAAAUGAUGAAGAGGCCCCCUGUUAGGCGAGGAGAUAAUUUUAUCACUCGGAUUAUGUGGAGAAAUAUUCUUGGCCAAGGUUUGUAUCAGCUCCUUGUGCUGGCUACUCUAAUGGUUAUUGGAAAGAAACUCCUUAGUAUUGAAGGUCCUCAAUCUGAUAAAACCAUCAAUACUCUCAUAUUCAACUCUUUCGUCUUUUGCCAGGUUUUCAAUGAAAUAAAUUGUAGGGAGAUGGAAAAGAUCAAUGUCCUCCAAGGUAUCUUCAGAAACUGGAUCUUUGUUGGUAUAUUGACAGCUACUGUCAUAUUCCAAGUGAUCAUAGUAGAAUUUCUUGGCACUUUUGCAAACACUGUACCAUUGAGCGGGGAGCUGUGGCUGCUCAGCGUCGUCAUUGGCUCAAUUAGCAUGAUCAUCUCUGUUAUCCUCAAGUGCAUUCCAGUUGAAUUUAAUAAGACAAAUACUAAACCCCAUGGUUAUGAGUUGAUUCCUGAAGGCCCAGAGAUUCUAUAGCAGUUUCACGGGAGGUGCGGAAAUUCCGCUCAAACUGCGGUUUCUGCGGUCAGCAACCCAAUCAAUCAUAAUGGAAAAGGAUGCACUGUAAGGAUUUCUCUACUGAUGUAAUUUUGUUGAAUAUGAUCAUGUGUUUCUGAACAUGAUAUACUGAAGAGUUGAAGUAGAUGUUAUAACCAGCAGAUAUGUGAUGAAGUAUACGGAAUAGGACCAAUCAUGCUGCAAGAUCAGACAGCCUACGGGAUUUAUGGUGUUGAUUCAAGAUUUCAAGUAGAUAUGGCUGCUACAUGAGAAUGUCGCAGCAAAUGUGGACUGCUUGGAGGCUUCGUUGCAAAGCGUACAGUUUGAGCUGGUUCUGCAGAGUUCAGCUUGAGAUUUGAGCGUACAGUUUUGUAAAAUUGAACUCUAGGUACUAACAACUGUCGAAAUGGUAUCAUAUUAUUACCCUUCGUGCUUUUCUCUUCAGCGGUGAACUGUGUAUAACGUGUAAUUAUUCUUUUUUAUGUAUAAUAAAGCAAAUUGUGUGUAACUAUUCUUUUUAUGUAUAAUAAAGCAAAUUGUGCGUAACUAUUC